GAAGCCUACCUCUGUUCAGAAAGUCCUGGGGAAGUCUUGUCUUUGGGCCUGCUGCUCUGCUCUCUUAUGUGUGUGGAGGGCCAUGUAGGGUGGGUAAAUACCUAGUGUUUAGGUAGUUAGGCAUUGGGGUUUGCUCUGACUUGCACAAGGCAUUGUACUAUUUGGAAGGAAGGAAGCCUGUCAUGGUCUGUUGGUGUACAUAGGAGCAAGGGAGCCAUCUCCAGUGGUCUUCCCAGGGGCCGUGAGAAAACUUUAGGGCAGAUGUCAGCAAUCUUUGAGAAUGGUGAGCUGCCUCUUGCAAACUGCCUGCAGCAGUGAUCCCCACCCCAGCACCCUAGCCCUCCCUGCUUCUUGUUCCAUUUACUCUUGCUGCUGACUUCUGCUAAUUUUUAUCACCAGUAGUGAUGGGGAGUCACGAAUUUGGCAGCAGAAGGUGGGAGCAGGGUGACAGAGGACCCCUUAGCAUAGAGUAGGAAUGCUGGAUAAUGUGGGCAGAGUCCAGCAGCACACAGCAGAAGAAUUUGUGGUGCAGAAGGUGUCACCUCAUCACAUGCCACUGAUCCCUGCCACUGUGAGCUGGAUCCAAUCUCUUUGUAGGUCUGAGGUCACAGACCUCUGUUCUAGGGUGUUCAGCCUCUGCCCUGUGGGCCAGCUCUGGCAGGCCCCUGGCAUCCAGCCCACGGCACCCCACAGGUCCAAAAAUUUGGUGGUAGGGGAGCAGUACUUCCUUGCUGUCAAAUUUCUGGUCCCAUGGAGAACCCUGUGGGGUGGAUAACAUGGCCCUGCAUGCUGGAUCAGGCGUGCAGGACCAGCAUAGGGCCUGAUCCCAGCACGCAGGGCCUGAUCAACCACUGUUCUAAGGCAUUGAUGCAUCUGAGCUGAGUAUGUUACUUAUGCUGUUUAGUCCUUCAGAGCCUGAGGCAUGGACUUCUGCAGUGCUUGUGGCAUCUGUAAUGGAAAGGCAGACACUAUGACCUUGCUCUGAGGGAGUCCAGGCUCCUUGGUAGAAUAAUCUCAUUAUCCAGGACUUGCACCUUGCUGAAACAUUUCCAGUCACAUAGUAUGCCCUGGAAGCUCUGCUUUCUGCACAAAGCAACUCCCACCUCCACCACCAGCCUGUUUGGCUGAUGUAACUACAGAGAUGCUGGAAGCUGCUGCUUUGCUGUUGCUACCAAUAGGAUUUCCUUUCUAAGGUUCCCCAGUGCAUACGUAGUCUAGGAGCUGCAGCGAGCUUGUUGAUGCUCCCAGGGUAAUAGGGGCUGGGACCCAACUAGGAAGCCCUAGAAACAGCUGAAAUUUGUGCUCUGAAAUCAGGAUUUGAACUACUAGUAAAACCAGAGUGCAGGACCAGGGUAUGUUUGGAUUUACUCUUGGAGCAUGUGAAAGCUGGUUACAAGGAACUGAAUCUACAUGUAGCUCUAGAAGAAGCCCGGGAAACAACUAGAAAUCAAGAGGCAGGUAGCAUGAUGGCUGAGAACCCGUCAGUGAGCCUUGGCAGGGGCAUCACACCCUUACAGCAGAUGCUGGCGUCUGGGACUGGGGCCCUCCUCACAUCUCUCUUUGUGACCCCCCUGGACGUGGUGAAGAUCCGAUUGCAGGCCCAAAGGACGCCCUUCUCCAAAGUGUUGUCAGUAGAGUCUGGGCCAUGGAGUAUUCACCAGUCCAAAUGGAAAUGCUUCCUUUACUGCAAUGGGCUCAUGGACCAUCUCUACGUGUGCCAGAAUGGUAACAGCUGUAUGGCCUGGUACAAGGCCCCCACCCACUUCACUGGCACCCUGGAUGCCUUUGUGAAGAUCACACGCUACGAGGGCAUCAGGUCUUUAUGGAGUGGCCUGCCUCCCACGCUGGUGAUGGCAGUACCUGCCACUGUGAUCUACUUCACCACCUAUGACCAGCUGCGGGAUUACCUGCACUCCCGGAUGGGCAACCAGGGGCACCACAUUCCUCUGGUGGCUGGUGCUCUUUCCAGGCUGGGCGCUGUGACAGUGAUCAGCCCCUUGGAGCUGAUCCGGACCAAGAUGCAGUCCCGACAGCUGAGUUACCGUGAGCUGUGCAUCUGUAUCCAGUCAGCAGUUGCCCAGGAUGGCUGGCUGUCCCUCUGGAGAGGCUGGGGGCCUACAGUCUUGCGGGAUGUUCCUUUCUCAGCUCUCUACUGGUUUAACUAUGAGCUGGUGAAGGAAUGGCUCUGCAACUGGUCCCGACUUGACAAAGCCACUUUCAUGAUCAGCUUCACCUCUGGGGCUGUUUCUGGGACUGUGGCUGCAGUGCUGACGCUGCCCUUUGAUGUGGUGAAGACCCAGCGGCAGAUUGAGCUGGGAGAUGCAGAGAAGCUCAGAGUGACUGCCUCCAAGUCCUCCUCCACCUUUCUGCUUAUGAGGAGGAUUCAAGCUGAGUCUGGUAUCCGUGGGCUUUUUGCAGGCUUCCUGCCCCGCGUCGUCAAAGUGGCUCCUGCCUGCGCCAUAAUGAUCAGCACGUAUGAGUUUGGCAAGACCUUCUUCCAGAAGCUGAACCAGGAGCAGCAGCUCAGCAGCCUGUGAGCACCCAGGCUGAGGCAGCACCUGGGCACAGCCCCCAUGGCACAACCUCUCAACAGCCUGCUCUGUGCUGUGGGGGCAGGCACAGCGGCCUGUGCCUCUCUGAGGCAGGAGGGGGUGUACCUUGAGAGCCAGCAGGUGGGAAGGCACAGCAUAGAUGGGGCUGCUGGCUCCUGGGCCUUUCAUUUCCUCUUGGUUGUUGCUAGGGGUAGUUCUCUCUCACUGCAUAGUGCCUGGUGUGACCUCCCUCCUAGCCAGGACUCCCCAUCCCAGGCACUCUGCACUGGGAUAUGUCAAGUCCAAGUGCCUUUUGGCCUCAUUCUGCCCUCAUGCUUUGCUUGAGAGGUUUUCCUCUUUGCCUCCCUUGGGGGUGGGCUGGAGGCCAUGUGCUAGCAGUAUAGGGCACUUGAUGCUUUCCAGGCCUAGAGCCGGUAAGAUUGCCGUUUACCUCUGGCAUAUACCUUUCUGCCCUGCCUGUCCCCUCCCCUUGCCCUCACCUCCUCCUGGUUGGCCUGCAUGCUGGUUAGGCCACUUGAAGCUGCCUUCAUUUGCUGUGAUAGCACAAGGCCAUCCUGCUCCAGCCAGCUCCACUUGCUGUGCCCCCUGGAUGGGGCAGGACAAAGCUGCUCUGGGAGAAGUGGACUCAUCAGCUGCUGAAAGCUGCCUCCCUGCCCAGCUGGGGGUGGCCUGACCACACAUGUUUUGGGCAGGGGCUCCUUCCUGGCAGGGCAUGGACUGCUGCCAGGGUUGCCUGCUUUGCCAUGGACCAAGGGCCUUUUGUGUACAAAGACUUUAAAGCAACCAGGGCAUAGCACCCAGGAGGUGGCUAUGCCUGUGACUCAUGGGAUCUGUAUCAAACACUGGGUUUGGCUCUCACCUUGGGGUGAAACCCAUUUCAUGUCCUGUACGCACAGCCCCUUUCCCUAUCUUCACUCUACACUUGCUUCUGUUGCUGCCCCAUCCUUCCAGGAUGGAAACAUCACAUUACAUGUGACAGCCCUCUCCUGGGCUCUAGGCCAGUCUCCUCUGCACGUAGCACAACAGCUUCUUCCACUCAGGACUUCCUCAACCCUGUCUGCCCCACUGCUGUAUAGGGGACUGCUGUAAUGGAUACUACAGGUGUGGUACGCCUAAGAAUAAUAGACCUCAGCCCACCCUGGAACAGCUCUAGGGCCAGUAGCUGGACUAGUAGCCGCUUUCCUUCCCACUGCUCACGCCUGGCGUGCAGGGGCACUUGGAGGGUGGGGGAGUUUGCUCUUAUUUUCUUAAAUAAAUUUUUAUUUGGGAUUUAGAA